AUGGGUCCCAUACCGGUACCACACGAAUGGUCCAUGGAGCAGAGGGAGACGGACCCCCAGUCUGCGCGCGCGAGCCCCCCCCCUCCCCGGUUCAAGGCUGAUACGACACAAGGUGCCUGGCUCUGGGGCCUUGCCAUGAAGCUGCGAGACGGCGGCGCAGCCCAUCCCUUUGACGCAGCUGUAAUUCCACGGCGGCUCACACGCCGUCGAUGCCUUCUAGAAGACUUCUGGAAACCCUCCCCGCUAGGCCUAGCAUCAAUCUUAGGCUGCAUGCGAGGGCCACCAAGCCUCCUCGCGCACUCGAGAUUUCGCUAG